AUGUCUACUAGACUUCAAAGAACAGCAGACAAAUCACUUAAUGAAAAACAUGCAAAAAUUCUCAAAGAUUGCUUACAAAAACCUGAAAAUAAGAAUUGUGCUGAUUGCAAAAGAAAAGAUCCACGAUGGGCAUCUUGGAAUUUAGGUAUUUUUGUUUGUAUAAAUUGUUCAGGCGUACAUCGUUCAAUGGGCACUCAUAUUAGUCGAGUCAAGUCUGUCGAUUUAGAUAAUUGGACUCCAGAGCAAGUAGAGCAAAAUUAUAUUAAAAAACUAUUAUUCUACACAUACAUUUAUGUACAUAGAACGUGGUUAGGUGGGGUAAUGGAAAAGCAAAUGCUAAAGGUUCAUUCAAGAUCUUAUAAUAUUGAUUCCAUUAUUCAAAGAUAUUGGGAAGCUAAUUUAAAAAAUAGCAAACCGUCUGAAAGAUCCAAGUAUGAAGCGAAGAAAUGGGCGAUGAGUGGCCCUAUACCCGAUCCAGACACCUUUAAUGACAAUACUUAUUUAUCAGAAUCUACUUCAGAAAAAACUUUAGAAAAAACUUCAAGAGAAGAAAUUAAAAAUGAAAAAAGUCCCAAAGUUCAAAAUAAAGAAAACAAUACUUUUGAUCUUUUUAUGUCAGCACCACAAUCAUCAUCCUCUAAUAAUGUUUCUUCACAACAACAUCAACAAAAAAAUUCUUCAAAACUUCACGGAUCAGAAUUUUUUUCUAUAGGAAAACAAUCAACCUUCACCGCAUUGGAUUCAAAGAAUUUAAUGAUGCCUCAAGGUGGUCAAUACUUUACAACUUUUUCUUCUUCUUCUCAACAAUCUUUAUCAAAUAAAUCCAUUUCUUCUCCUACCAUAGAAACAAAACCCUCAUCAAAACAUAACGAGUAA